AUGAAUAAUAAGAUAGGCCACAAUGGUUCUCGUGUAACACCAUCACGACCAUUAAAAAUCUUAGAUUCUCAAACACGUGCACGAUAUAAAAAUCAACAAGAAUUAGUUCAACUACAUGUUAAACUUAGAAAAAUAAAUUUUCAAAAAAACGAAGCACUUAGUCGACUAGCUUUUGAUCAACAUGAUGCUAAAAUGAAACUACAUGAAUUACAACAUGAAAGUGGACAAAGACGAUUUUUUAGAAAACUUAAUAAACGCCGUCGACAACAUAGUACAUCAUCGAUCGAUGAUUCUGAUGUUAGUGAUGAAAGUGAUGCAUCAAUAUCAGAUAGUCCAAGCCUUCUUCUUCAUAAUCUCAAUGCAUCAAUGGAAUGGGAAAAAAGCAUUUAUAUUCCAGAUAAAAAAUAUGAUAUAAGAAAUAAAACGAAAUUACCUAAUGUUUUUGAAACACUUCAAUCACAAUAUUCAUCCAAAUUCAAUACUAGUCAUCAUUUAUUUGAAAAAAGUGAAUCAUUGUUAUCAAAUAAUCAUCUAUCUUUAAAGCAACAAACUGAAGUUUUGAAAAAAUCCAUUAAAAUAUCAGUAGCAAGAGCAGCACGUGAUUCACAUGUUGCCGCCCGUCGUAAAGCUCAACACUAUUAG